CAAGCCUAGCGGCAGCAUGGGUGUCACACUGUUUGGCGUCGGCGCCUGCUACUUUGAGUGCGUGCGUGCGCUGUGCAAGUGUUUGCGGAACUAAACUACACCUUUCGGAUUAUUGUGCUCUCCUCUUCACAUUCCAUUUUUGAGACAGAUGUCGGCGCUGGUGUGCGAGCGGGCAGCGCGCGACGGCCUGAAGCUGUCGCUGAACCGGUCGCUGUCGGAGCCGGCGGGCAGCAACAAGCGCUGCAAGCUGGACCCGCUCAGCCUGCCCGCGACCCCCAGCCCGUGCACCGAGGCGCAGCCGCUGCUCGCCAGCGCCGUGCAGAUCGUCUACCCGGACGCCCUCGCCGCGCGCCUCGUCCUCGGCGGCGACAAGCCGCUGGUGGUGCUGGACCUGCGGCCGUUCUUCUCGUUCAACGUGAGCCACGUGCGCGGCGCCGUCAACGUGAACUGCUCUGACCGGUUCAACCGGCGGCGGCUGCAGCACGGCAAGGUGUCGCUGGCGGAGCUGGCGGGCAGCGCCGAGGGCCGGCAGGCGCUGCGCCGGCCGCCGGGCGAGGUGGUCGUCGUGUCGGACGACUGCCCCGACGCAGAGGCCGGCGCGGGCCGCAUCUCGGCCGCCAGCGCGCUGCACCUCGUCGUCACCAGCCUGCUCGCCGACGGCUGGCAGCCCGUCUACCUCGUCGCGGGCGGCCACAAGGAGUUCCAACGGCGGCACUCUGCGCUGUGCGAGAACGCGCUGCUGUGCGCGGACGGCGACGCGGAGUCGUCGUCCGCGGCGGAGCGCGUGGAGGAGGCGCCCGCGUCGCGCGUGCUGCCGUUCCUCGUGCUGGGCAACGCGCGCGACGCGCAGAACCUCGACUGCCUGCGCCGCCUGGGCGUGACGCGCGUGCUCAACGUGACGCAGCAGCUGCAGCCGCCGCCCGCCGCGCCCGACAUCUCCUACAAGCAGCUGCCCGCCGCCGACUCCACGCACCAGAACAUCAAGCAGUACUUCGAGGAGGCCUUCGACUUCAUCGAGGAGGCGCGCAAGACGGGCACGAGCGUGCUGGUCCACUGCCAGGCCGGCAUCUCGCGCUCCGCCACCAUCGCCAUCGCCUACAUCAUGAAGCACAAGCUGCUGAGCAUGGUGGACGCGUACAAGCUGGUAAAGUCGGCCCGGCCCAUCAUCUCGCCCAACCUGAACUUCAUGGGCCAGCUGGUGGAGCUGGAGCAGUGCCUGAGUCAGCGGUCGUCGCCUGCCGCCGCCGCCAAGACGCCGGAGGCGGGCCCCGCCGCGGGGCUGGCCGCGGAGCCGGGACAGGAGCAAGCCGCCCCCGCCAGCGCCCCCUGCUCUUGUGAAGUGUCGUGGAGACCUGCUCCACCAUGGAAAUACGUGUCGGAGCUUUAG